GUUGUGCGAUUAGUGUAAGACGUCACAUCCGGCUUCAUCUGCUCCACCUCCGGUGUUUCAUCUCGGGUCACCGAGUAGCUCUCAGCUAGCAGCUAGCUAGCCGAACCCGCUCCAGCAUCAUCUAUGAGUCGGAAAAGAAGCCGAUUUAGUUUUGAAACCAGAUCUGACUUCCACAGAGGACUAAUGGAAUUCCCGGGAUCAGCGGUUCGAGCAGACGAUGAUUUCUUGGACUUGGAAACCGAAGAUGAGCUCCUCUGUUCGGUCAGUGACAUCACGGAGCACUUGGGCAGAAACAUCACGGUGAUCCUGGAGACAGCGCUGUCUGAGAUCCGCAAAAUGGUCAGCAUUCGGAUCCGCGUGCUGAAGAUGGAGCUCCGAGACAAAACACGGGAGAUAGAAGUGCUAAAAGCCAGACUAGACCGAGACCAGAGGGACGCUAAAGACCCGAGCCCCAGCCCAGCCACCGAAGAGCCUUCUGCGGAGGCUGGCUGCAAGAAACACGACUUUAGCUGCGGAGCCAAACACAGCAGCGCCGACCCCAGGAAAAGCAGAAAUGUGGUUCCUGGCGUGAAGAAAGAGAACAUAGACGCGAUCUGCGACUAUCUGAUGAAAGAUAAAAACUCUAAAGGUUGUGUAGAAACUGACGGAGAACAGGUUAGCCUCGAUGUGGGUCACAAAGACGAGCCAGACGAAUCAGAACCGCACUCUCUCUCCCUGUGGUCGGACAGUGGGGUGGCUGGUUCCGGGCCUGGGCACACGGACCCGGACGGAACCCCCGAGGACAUUUUCGGAAUGAUUCCUUCUGGUAGCAAAAGAAUGUAUGACUACGAGUGGAUGGUUCCGUAUUCGUCAGAGCUGAAGGUCCUUAAAGAGCCUAAAGGUGAAGACCCUCAUACCAGUGAUCUGGAGGAGGAGGAGGAUGGAGAUGAAGAUGAGCUGUGCACCAAGGAGGAGGGAGACUUGCAGGAGACCCAGGGGUUGCUGUCCCACCACCAGCCCUCUGAGUUCCCUGCUGAACCGCAGAGCUCUCCGGAGGAGGGACGAAGCUCCCUGGAGGACGGCACAGACAAGGCUAUGGGGGGGCAGCAGUUUCCCAGCCACACCUACAUCUGCUCACUGUGUGGAACCUUCUGCCCUGACUCCUUGUUCCUGGAGGAGCACAUCAAACUGAUACACUCAGAUGUCGAUAGUAUCCAAGCUCUGAAGAGCCUGCAGGAUAUCAGGACUGAGCCCACACAGGCGGCAAGGGGGCCCAACGAGGACGACCUUGGAUCGGGCUCUCCUGCCGGCAGUGGCCAGAAGAAGGAGUUAAAAGUGGAGGGUGGAUAUGAAUGUGCGGACUGUGGCCGCCAUUUUAACUAUCUAGGCAACCUUCGGCAGCACCAGCGCAUUCACACCGGAGAGAAGCCUUUCAUAUGUCCCGAGUGUGGGGAGAGAUUCCGCCAUGCUGCCCGUUUGAAGAGCCACAGGCUGGUGCACAGCGGCGCCCAGAGCCCGUUUCCCUGCCCACAGUGUGGAAAGGGCUUCUCUGUGCUGUCGGGUCUCAAGAGACACCAGCGGGUGCACACCGGUGAAAGCCCAUACGCGUGCCCCCAGUGUGGCCGGCGCUUUAAAGAGCUGGGAAACAUGUACACCCACCAGAGGAUCCACAGUGGGGCUACGCCUUACUGCUGCCAACAGUGUGGACGCAGCUUCCGCCAUCUUGGCACGUACAAGAGCCACCGCUGCAUGCCGGUGCUGUAACCUCUCCACGACAGCUGCUACCACCACACCUACACACACACACUACCCUCCGUUCACGCGUGCUGACUGUGUUUGUGGUACCGCUGAAGGAUCUGCGUCGGCCAGGCCGCCGUGACCCUGGCGGCUUCAGACUGAGGACAGCUGGACUUGGAUGUUUUUGCUCUAUUUAAGACAUUUCAGCGCUGAAUUCAAGAGGUUUCACCAUUCAGACAGAUUAACAGCGUUUUAACUUGAGCGAGGGCCUAGCUGUUACAAGCUAGUUACCGGGUGACGCCCUCUGCCCUCUCGGCCGAGGCUUGCCAAGGCUCCUGGUCCACAUGUGACCCCUGAUGGUGAAACCGGAGAGGGAGGAGCAGCUCUGACUCCUCAGAUCAGACGCAAAAUUACUUCUGAGAAGUCCAAUUUUACGUUUCUGUCCCAGUAGAAAACUAAGCUGAACCAAGCAGGAACCAUUUUCAACAUGUUGGAAAAAACGACUAAAGAUAUUAACAUGAAUAUAAAUGUAUUAUCCCACAGAGGGCUGACGGUGUACAUAAUGUCAGUAAAUGUUUAUCAGCUGGUGGCUACCCAGCAUUCGAGCUAGCUAGAGGUGUUGCGCUCAACAUCGGACCCCCUGUGCAAAGCCGUAGCAGUCUGUCACGUGGUGGUUGUGUUGCUGCUGGUGCACAAAACAUCUGCUCAUCAGGUAACAGCUGCGUUAGUUAUUCAGAAGCACCGCCCUUUCCUGCAUCUCAGAGACCAACAUAUUCAAACUCUAGGUGGCCUCCAGGGUUUAUGGCUGACCUUGGGGCUCCCAGGGCCUCUUGGCUUUUUGAUACCUGCGAGCAGGUGAAGGUAUUCAGCAGACCUUCAAAUGUCACGCCCACGUCUAAAAGUUGGGUUCAUCGUCACGUUUCCUUGUGAAAUAUCAAAAGUCGGUUAAAAAAUAAGAUAUAAAAUUGGAGUUGCUAAAGUAACGUUCUUAAAAAGUGCAGUGGCUGAGUUUUUGGUAUGUUGCUAGGAACAACGGAAGAACCUGUAAAACGUUCUAGUCUGCCUUCCUGUGUUCUGGUGGACCUCUGGUUGGUUUUAUUUUUUUGGGAACAAAGAAUAAAAAGUGAUUUCUGUUGAAAGCUCAGCCUGCUGCUGCUGUCGGACGGCCCUUUUGUUAGCUACCUUAAUGAUUCUCCGUUUCACUAAAUACAAACACUAGCUUUUCAUGUGUGCCCUCUAAGUGGAGUUCACGUUUGCCCAGUGUGCAGUGUGGGUUGCACCAGUUUCCUGCAGUAGAUCAAUAGCUUUCACAACAGGUUAACUAGACUCUAACUCGAUUCUGUCGUGACAUGGUGACUUGGUCUGAUGUAGCCUCUCAUCUGGACACCGGCUCCCUUUGACCCUGAGAGGGAUGGAUGCCUCUAAAUGAACUUUUUAUGACAAUUACAGAGAAAGAUGUGAAUUAACGAGUCACUUUCAACACCUUAAAGCAUCGGCGCUGGUGUCCUGCAGAAUGAACUGGUAGAAGUGCAACCAGACCACCCGAAUGGAAAACCAAACAGUCAUUUAUUAAAAGCAAAGUUGUGUAAGGGUUGAUGAGAUUAAUGCCCGUGGAUGCUGUCGGACAGGAACUAAGUAAGGAUUUAAUUCCAGAUUCUUUGGUUUCUUAAUUUCUUUUUGAUCUAAAGUUCUACAAAGUUCCAGUCAGAGCCAUGAGCUCAGCUGUUCUCGAACAUAACCACAAGGAGCCCAAGUCCCCUUCCCCUCCGGUCGGCUCAUGGGUCCCUGGAAGAUCGAAAAAAUGAAUGCAAGUCAGCGGCGCUAAAAGCUAUUUUCUAAUCUUUGUCUUACGCCCGGGUCACACUUAUGUUGUUCUUCAACUAAAAUGAAAAGUACUGAUUGUAAAUAAAGUAUUGAGAUGGCGCCAGUCACGUACUUAGAAAUGUAUCAGCUUGUAAAAAUUCGUAAUUAGCAUGUCGGCACAUCGCAAUCUCCCCUGCCCUAGCGUAGCUGCUACUUGGCACAUGGCAUCACUUUGGUGAUGUGCAUUUGCAGUCCUGGACGUAUUUUCACACACAACCUAUAAUAACUUUAGUCCCCAUUCAGAAAUAAGCUUCUUCUUAGCAUCAGAAUGCGUCUUUAAAAUUCACUGGCGCCAUAUGUGAAAUCCAUAGAACACAACAAACGGGAUUAAGAAUGAGUGUUUUUGGCCCGUUGACUUGCAGAUAUUUCUUCAUUCUUGCGGGGACCCGUGGUCUGGAUGUAGAUGGAUGUGACUUAUAGGCUCCCUGUAGUCCAACUGCUUUUCACUAAACAGUACAGGUAGUCCGUGAAAAGGAAACAAGACCUACUAUUCUGAUUACUUACAACUGGUCAACACUGUUUUCUGCUGAGUACUGAGAACCAGCCCAUCUAUCAAUGUGACUAAAGGGUUCCUUUGUUAUUUUUUGGGGGGGCUACCUGAUUGAGGUUCCUGCUGUUCCAGGCUGAGGGUUGGAGGUCCUUAGAGCAACCAGCCUAGAGCAGACAACAGCAAAGUCCUGGCUGUCUAGAUCUGCGUGCAUCCACCUGUUUAUCGCAGUUUAACGCGGUGCAACUUCUGCUUUUGACAUAUAAUCACUGACCAGUCUAAAGACACUAAGCUUUGGCUUUCUGUAAAUAAAUUAACAGAUAUCCCA